CCGGCCCUGACCCUUCCGCAUCCCCAGCGCCCAUCGCUGCUGCCGCUUAUAAACAUGGCCAUCGUCCUCGGGCUCGGGCUCGUUGUUCUUCCUUUGUUCCCACGCUUGCACUCGGCCGCUUCACAUCGCCACAGCCGCCCAUCAUGCCACCACCGCUCGUAUCUGCCAUGUCAUGUUUGCUGAUCGUGCUGCUGCUGCUUCACGAAACCCUGGCAGCAUGCACAUUCACACCCUCGACCACACUUGUUCGGCCCAGCAAUUUCUGGGUGAACCUAACGGUCCUCGAUGCUGGUGGGCCGGCGAGCCAGUUCACCAUCGUCUUCGACUCGUUCUACCAGUUUCCGCCGCCGACGGCCCUCGCUGGCGGCUCAUCAACCCCAGCGUCCUGUCGCCUAGAUGCCUCCAGCAUAGCGUUUUCUUCAUGGAAUUGCUCUGGCUCGCAGGUUUCGUUUCGAAUCGACACUAGCCCGAGAACGCAGUAUCCUGCCGUCUUGCAACUGUCAACCCCGCUCGGCGGCAAGUGUGCCUCGACGGUGAGCGACAAAUCAACAGGCACCAAACCCUCGUCGGCCAACUCGACCGUCUCGGGUGCGGUUGCACCGAUACCCACAGAUCUUGCGUCGUCGCAAGCGGCAUCGCCCUCAUCAUCGACCCCAGAUCUGAUCGAUCUGGGGCCCUUUGGCCAAGUCUCGAAGCUGGCCAUCAUUGUAGCUGCAUCGACCUUGGGCGUCGUUGCUCUUGCAGUGGCGGGCGCCCUGUGGAUUCGCCGCCAGCACAAGAACUCGGAUCGAUCUGAGCGUCGGCCUCCUGGUCCCGGUCGAGAUCCCGAGCAGCCAGGCGACGAACCGAGCCGGCCGGCGACUGGAAGACCCAGCGCCGUGACAUCUGCGCCAUCGUUGGCUCUCUCGGCUGUGUUUCCCAAGAUCGCCGCAACCAAAUCUUCGGCCUCGGGCAAGUCGAGGCUGCUCGUGAACGAGCCUGCUGUGUCGUCGGCCGGGUCCAGCUCUUCGCAAGGCGAUGAUUCUUCGGAUUCUCCGUUGGAUUUGCAAGAUGCUCCAGCCGACGUAUCCCGUCGGCCUCUCAGUCGGUCGCUCGUCGAUCCUGGUCCGGUUCCGGCGGUUGCUGUCCCCAAACCCGCGCAUUCCCACAAACCCGGAGGAGCAGGCUCCGUUCGGAAUGCUUCACGAGCAGCCACAGGAAAGUCUGAUCAGUUGGACGGCACUAAGCUGAAGCGCAGCGGCACUCAAAGCUCUCGCACCGGCCCACCGAGAGCACGAUCCCGGUCCGAGCACGGCGAUCCUCCUGGGCAUGCGACAGACAUCCAGACUCGUCACGUCCCUCUGGUUGACAACGGUGUCCCUCUCCAGCGAUCCAAGUCGGCCAGAAGUACCCGCUCAGCCCGCUCGAAAGCCGAAUCGGUGUUUCCUGAUACUGAGAGUCGAUGUGGCAGCGAAUGGAGCCACCUGCCGCCUAUUCCCCAGCGAACACUGCUUGAGCAGAUGGCUAUCGACCAGCAGAACCGGAAGCGCGUCCUGGUCGAUCCCCGCACAAUCAUCAAGUCCGGCUCCAGCGAGCACUCGCAUCAGACCAGUAGCUCGGCACAGCGUCUGCGCUCGACGACGGCGGGUCCGCCCGGGUACCCACCCUCGGAAAUGUCGUUCUCCAGAACACAGCACCUUCCCUUGGGCGGUCCACAUCAAAGCGGUGUGUAUCCGUAUGGGCAAGGCGUUCCUGCAGGCCAUCGAUAUCCGCUGCAGACAUCAGCUAUGAUCCAAACUGCACCAAACUCUGGCGGAAUGGGGAUCGGCGACUAUGCGGUCUUUCCGCACACCAUGCCCAUUCCAACGUCUAUGCUGCCGCCGGUUCUGGUGCCGGUGCCGGCCCCAGCGUCGAUAUACGGCCCGCCUCGGCCACGGGGGGCCUAUCUGGGGUCGCAGUCAUCUGCAGCCAGCUGUGACGACGACGUUCCCCUGAUCCUGAGCCAGCGCCGGCGGUGAGGCUGCAGAAACGCUGGUGUUUCUCCCCCACCACGCGCACCUCUUGACUGAUUCAUACUAACUCGAAGCCAAUGCCCGAGAGCGGUGUGGAGACAACGGCUCCGCACCGGGAAUGCAUGCCCGAAACGAAGCAGAUGGCCCCGCCUCUUGAGAGCAGUAGUCUUUCUGGAUCUUGAAUACAUAUCCAUUCAUAGACCUCCUUUA